UUGACAUAUUGAAACUUAUUAACAAGUUCUUUAAACAACCCGAAAUAACCAUCAUUGCUGCAGAAAAUGGAAUUGACUCAAAAUUAUACCAUAAAGCAGCCAUCAGCUUUAGAAAAUUUUGUACAGAAUCCCCACAGCUUCCAGUUGAUCUGCAUAUUGUAUUUAGUGAUAUUCUUCAAGAAGCAGGUCAUAUAACUGAUAUACUGCCUUAUUUUUUAAAGCAUACACGAGAAAUAUUUCCUCAUUUAGAAUGCAUCGAAGAAUUGAAAAAAAUUUGUGAUUUGAGUGCCCCUCCUGAAUGGUAUCCUAAUGCCCGUGAGCGAGAAAACAAGAGGAGAUUGAUAUUUCAUGCAGGACCUACCAACAGUGGAAAAACAUACAGAGCCCUUGAAAGAUUUAUUACUUCUGAAAGUGGUGUUUACUGUGGACCUCUAAAGUUGUUAUCUGUAGAAGUAUUCAACAAGACUAACGAUAAAGGAACACCGUGUGAUUUAGUUACAGGAGAAGAAAGAAAAACUGUUUUACCUGAAAAUAAAGAAGCUAACCAUGUAGCAUGUACUAUAGAAAUGGUAUCUGCUGAUAAAAAAUAUGAAGUAGCAGUUAUUGAUGAAAUUCAAAUGAUUAAAGAUCAAGGUAGAGGCUGGGCUUGGACCCGAGCACUUUUAGGUAUUGAUGCUGAUGAAAUUCAUAUUUGUGGUGAAGAAGCUGCAAUUGAUCUUGUAAGAGAUAUAGCAAAUUCUUGUGGGGAAGAACUUGAGAUCAGAAGAUAUGAAAGACUUACACCUUUAACCUUAGAAAAUAGAGCCUUGAUGGAUUUAAAUAAUAUUCAACCAGGAGACUGUAUUGUAUGUUUUAACAAAAAUGACAUCUUCAAUGUUAGUUUAGAAUUGGACAAAAAAGGCUUUGAAUGUGCUGUAAUUUAUGGUGGACUUCCCCCAGGUACAAAAUUAGCCCAAGCAAAAAAAUUCAAUGAUCCUAAUCAUCCAUGUAAAAUUUUAGUAGCUACUGAUGCCAUUGGCAUGGGUUUAAAUCUGAGUAUCAGGCGAAUUAUAUUUUAUUCCCUAAUGAAACCUGUUAUAAAUGAGAAAGGAGAAAAAGAAAUCGAUACUAUAUCCAUUUCCCAAGCUUUACAGAUUGGUGGAAGGGCUGGUAGAUUCAAUACUCAAUUUUCAGAAGGUUAUGUCACAACUUAUCGAGCUGAGGAUCUUGAUACCCUGACGAAGUUAAUGAGCAAAGAAAACCAAGUUCUGGAAAAAGCUGGGUUACACCCCACUGCAGAUCAAAUAGAAGAAUUUGCUUAUCAUUUGCCACAAGCAACACUCUCCAACAUAAUUGAUAUCUUCAAUAGCCUCUGUGUGAUAAAUAGCUCAUCUUAUUUCAUGUGUGAUACAGAAGGAUUCAAAGCUUUAGCUGAUAUGAUUCAAGGAAUACCACUGCCUUUAAGAGCACGCUAUGUUUUUUGCUGUGCACCAAUCAAUAGGAGGCAAUUAUAUGUUUGCACAAUGUUUCAAAAAUUUUCUAGGCAAUACAGUCAAAAUGAUCCUUUGACAAUUGAAAAACUUUGCAGAACAAUAGGCUGGCCAUUUUCAUCACCCCAAAAUAUUUCUGAUUUAGUGCAUCAAGAAGCUGUCUUUGAUGUUCUGGAUUUAUAUCUUUGGCUGAGUUAUCGUUUCCCGGAUCUGUUUCCUGAUGGUUCACCCGUUCGAGAUAUUCAAAAAGAACUUGAUGAGCUUAUACAACAAGGUGUAUUCAAUAUCACUCAUUUGUUGCAAGCCAGCAGUCGCAAUGAUGCAGGUGAAGACAGUGAAUCUCAUUACCCAUAUAGGAGAAAUGCAUCAUCAGAGUCUAAUGCCUUAGACACAACUGAAUUUGAAUCAGGAUUUAGAGAAAAAUCUUUAGGAAAAGGCCGUUUGACAAAAGAACUUCUAGACAAAGGGCUCAUUACUCCAGAGAUGCUACAAACUCUGCAAGAGGAAUGGAUUGAGGAAACACAAAGCUCGCCUUUUAGUUCGCCAACAAAUCGUCGUAAAUUUUCAAAAGUACACACUAGACGUUCGAAGAAAAAAGACUUUUAGCAAUUUAGUAGUUACUUAAUAUUUAAUGUACGGAAUAUAUAGAGUUUUAUUUUUAAAAUAAAUAAUUUAAUGAAA